AUGGCCGUCGAAAAGGUGCCUUGCCUGCGGACGGUGUUGGCUCUGACUCUGCUGGUUGCUGCUGGCGUUGCGGUGGUGGUGGCGGCUGGCGAGGCGAGCGAGGUCGAUGCCGAGGCGCGCAAAGCUCUGGCGAAGCGGUUCCCGCUACCGUGGAAGGUCUCGCGAUCUGUGACGGUCUUCUACGGCGACUUUCGUGACGGAGGCUUGUGGGACUCCGAGGCUGCUGGAUGCAAGGCGGCGGGCGCGGCGCCAGAGGACCACCCGCUGAUGUUGCGCGUGUGCGCGGAAGGUGACGGCAAGAGCGAGGAACAGUCCGGGCAGGCCCGACGGAUGAAGAUGCGGUCGAACGGCUGGCUGGUCUUGCAGAUCCUGAAGGAGCGUGGACUGAGUAUGCGGAUGGCGAGCCCGUGGGGCCGGCUCUUCUGGGUGAGGGUCGGCCUGCCCGGCGUGCCGACCGGCGACUGGCCACUGCUCGGGUAUGGCGAGCUCGGUCCGCACCAGCUUGUCAACCGGAUUCCUGGCAUGUCAACUCUGCUGAACAAGAAGGAUGCGUUCGCGCGGUCAGUGGCUGCAAAGCGGGCGGCGUUUCCGGACGGCGGCUUUGACUUUCACCCGGUCUCGUACGUGCUGCCAGCCGACUCGGCAGCGCUGGCGAAGGCGGCGGCAGCGGUGGUGGCGUCCGGCGGAGACCAGCGGUUUAUCAUCAAGCCAGUGUGUGGUGGGCGCGGGCAGGACAUCUCGGUGGUAGCGGCUGAAGACGUGGUGGCGGCUGCGCCGGCAAACGGCGAGUGGCUCGUCCAGGACUACAUCGGCAAUCCACUGCUUGUCGACGGCCACAAGUUCUCCAUCCGGCUUUACUUGCUGGUGACGUCGGUCAAUCCACUGCGGGUCUUUGUCGCCCGCGAGGGCAUUGUCAAGUUUGCCGGCAUUCCGUGGUCGGCCUCGCGCGCUGCCAACGCCCUGGAUCCGGCCAACAUCAACAUCCACAUCACCAACAACGCCGCCAACGCCCACACGCCCGGCUUUGAGAGCUCGGACUCGCCCGAGGUCGACGACGUCGGGCUGCGGCGGUCGAUCUCGGCCAUCCGCCGCCAACUGGCGGAUGCCGGUCACGACGACGCCGCCAUCUUUGCCGCCAUCGACGACGUCCUCCUCAAGGCCGUGCUCGCAGUCGAGGACGAGGUCUCGGGGCUCAUCGACGCGUAUGUGCCGUAUCCCAACAACACCUUUCAGCUGCUGGGUGUCGACGUUGACCUCGACGCCAACCUCAAGCCGUGGGUCAUCGAGCUCAAUGUCAACCCAUCGCUCGGCUCGCAUGCUGCCUUUGAGACGCCGCACAAGAAGGAGCUCCUGCACACAGUACUGGAUAUGGCCGGCGCCACGCCGUUUGAUGCCGCUGCCUUCAAGGCGGAGGUCAUCGCUCCGCGCGUCCACGCCGCCUCGUGCUCCGGCCAGCCCGAGCCCGGCCUCCCGCAGCAGACCUGGUGCGACGAGCGAGUUUUUGCCGCAGUCGUCGACUUCGAGUACGAGCUCGCCAUGGCCCGCGGCUUUGACCCGCUCUUCCCGCGUGCCCACAACGGGCGGACCAUGGCCGGUUACAUGACCACGCUCAAGGACGCCGAUGCGGCGCUUCUCGACUACGUCCUCUUCAAGUCGGCACGCCCGCCGCCGCCGAGCCCCCCGUUCCAUCUCCACACUGAGCUGUAA